AUGGAGCCCGACCCCCCUUCUUCCGCUCUCUUCUUCUCUCCUUCGCUGCCGCGCGCGCCCCCGCCGGUGGCAGCUCGCCGGCCGUCUCCGCGUGCUUCGUCUGAAGGCGCCUUUUCACUUUGUUCGUCGCAUCCGUUUGUGUCGCCUUCGCUUCUUCAUCCCGACUUUCAGCAUCGCGCGCAGACGCUGCGAGAGGAAGAAGAAACGCACCCGCCGUCUUCCUUCGCAGCUUCACCAGCCUCAUCUUCGUCGUUUUCCUCCUUUUCUUCUUUCCGGCUUCGGCGAUGCGGCGGAGCGGGCGAGGCGGCGCCCGACGCGCGCGAGGCCCAGGAAGAAGCGUUGGAUGACCGCAGCGCGCCGCUGCUGCGACUCCCGCCUGCGGCUCUCUCGCGCGCGGUUGCCUCGCCGUUCUGGACUCUUCCUUCGCGCGCAGCUCACCCGGCGGCCGCGGAACCCGCCCACGCGCGCGCCGCCUCCUUUUCCUCGCUCGAAGAAGAGACCUGCACUCCUUGGCCACGAAGGAGCUGGGAGCUGACUCGCGGGAGUCGCGGAGACGGCGUAGACGGAGCGCGUUCCGACGCGUAUCUACCCCGCGGCUCCACUCUAGCGUCCUCCUCGUCUCCCCUGCAGCCCCCCGCCACGGCGCCCUUCCGCUCGCGCGCCUUUUCGCUCCAGUCUCCGCCGCCGCCGUUUUCCUCUUCCUCCUCGCCUGCUUGUCCCGCCUCCGAAUCCGCUUCUCCUCGCUCUACGCCUUCGUCGUGUCUGUCCUCUUUGCUGUCUUCGCUGCGGGCGACGCCCGGCCGGCUCGAGACGCCCGCGUGCAUUUUGUACCGCGUGAGGGUCCAGCAGAAGAGGGACUUGAUGUCUGCUCUCUACGAGGAGGACAUCGAGACUGAGAGCCCUUCCGAGAGCCACGCCGCAUCCUCCCGAGACACGAGGAGGCGCCGGGCCUCGUCUCCACUGUCGACACCGCCUGGAUCGUUUUCUUCUUCCUCUUCUUCUUCCUCUUCUUCCUCUUCUUCCUCUUUUUCUUCCUCUUCUUCUUCGGCUGCAGCACGUGCUUGGGGACGCGGAGCAGUUGAGGUGUACAGACAGCUCGCGGGGUGGCGCCGCACGCCGGCGCGCUGCCGCGCCUGUCGCGUCUCGUUGUCUGGCUCGCAGGCAGAUGGAGCCUUUGCCUGCGAGAGACGGUCGCGCGGCGCGCGAGGUGCAGGCGAGCGGGAGGGAAGGGAUCGAGCGGAGGGAGGCUUGCUUUUGCGCCCUCCGCCUGCCUGCAGGUGCUGCGGAUCGGCUUCUUCUUGUGACGAGGACGAAGACUUCGUUAACCUUCCGCUGAUGCAGCAAGAACUCGCGAGCGACUUGCUGCUUCUUCUCCCGUUAGCGCCUUCUUCUCACACUGCGCCUGGCGCUUCGCGCGUGUCUUCGAAAAAACUUGAUCACCUCGCGCGGAGAUUCCUCUCUCCCCGCGGCCACUCAUCCUCCGCCCUCGCCGCAGCUAGGGCAACCGACAGCGACACCAGAGAGGACAGCACUGUCUCUUCUUCUUCCCCCUCUCCGUCUUCUUCUUUUUCUCGUUCGUUCCCGUUGCAUUCUUCUGUUUCGCCGGCUCGCUCGGCGAUUCUCUGUGCUCUCCAGUUUUUUCUCGACGACGCUCCUUUCGCGCUGGCGGCCUGGGGCCUCUUGCACCGAGGGCUCUGGUCCGAAGCGAGGCGCGUCUUGGCAGCGUUUCUUCCGCUUUUCUCUUCUGCAGUUCACUUUUUUUCUCCGCUUCGCUCGCUCGCCGUCUGCGCAGGCAAGGCGAUGCUGCGCGCGGGCCGUUACGAAGAAGCCCUCGAGCUUCUCACGACCCGGCUUCCAUUCGAGCGAAUGCCGUCGGAGGUCGCGGCGCCGCUGCAUCUGCUGCUCGCUGAGGUCUACGAUGAGCUCGGCGCCGUUUCGCAGGAAACGGAGGCGCUCUGCGUGGCUGCGGAGUUGCUACCUGAGGAAGGCGACUUCGCCUCGGCGUUUGAGUUCUCUCUCCCUUCUCUGCCGGCGUCCGCACUCUCUCCGAUCCGCGGCGCCUUUGCGCCUGACUUGCCUGCAGACAGAACCCGCCGAAAGCGCGUCCGCGAGAGAGGAGAACGCGAGGUCGACUGCGCGUGUGGCGCGUUCCUGUUCGACGCGGAAGCAGCCGCGGAGGCCGGCGACGCGGCGUUAGAAACGAGAGACAGGCGGAGAAGAAAAGACGACCUCUCGUUCGCCGUCACUGGCGCGCUAGCUCGCCUCAUCGGGUGUGCCAGACUGGUGCCUGAAGAGGAGGUGCGCGUCCUCGCGCGACUGACGGCGCUUCCGCCUUCGCAGCGAUGGUGGCAAGGAUUCUUCUGGACUCGUCUCGCAGGAAGGCAGCUCCCUCCGCGCGCGUGCCGCGAAGCUGCGAGACUCUUCACACAGCGGCGCCGCGACGCUCCCGGCAAGCCUUCGGCUCCAUCUUCCUCUCCGUCUCCUUCGUUUUCUUCUUCUUCCGCGCCGCUUCUUCCGUCCUUCACUUCGCGCGCGCCUCGCCCAGGAUCCUCUCCACUGGUGCCUGCGCUAGAGGCGCUCGAGACGCUCCGCGCGUGCGAUCUUCUCCUCGCGUCCUCUCGCUUCGUGGCGACUCCUUUCGCCGCGACUUCUUCGUCCGCUUGCGCUCUCCCGACAGCUUUGCUUCUCUCCUUGGUCAACGCGCGCUGGCAGGCGCGUUUCUUCUUCCGCAACUUCGACUUCGUCUCUGCAAACACCUUGAGCGACUUCAUCCUUGCGCACGACCCCUCCGACGUCGAAGCGCUCGUCCUCAAGGCAGCCGCACUCUACCAGCUCGGAGAGGCAAAGUCCGCGGAGAUGGACGAGUUCGCCAGGCGUCUGCGACGGCUGCAACCGGAUUCUCCUAUCGCGGCUUUCGUAACUGCGACAGCCGAGCUCCUCAGCGCGGGCGGCGACUCCGAGGCGCUUCGCAGAGCUGCAGAUCUGUUUUCAGAGGCUUUGGCGCUCGCGCUGGAGCAGGGGCGCCACACGCCGGCAUUCCUUCGCUUUCCUUCUCUCGCGUCCAGUUCGGAACUGUCCCGCGCCAGCCUCGCGGCGAAGUCGCUCUCCCUGCUGCCGCCGAGCCAGCGAACUUACCUCGUGUUCCUUGGGCUUUACGGCCUCUCGCACGUCGCCUGUCAACUUGGCGACGCGCAGGCUGCGCUGCAGCACGGCCUUCGAGCUUCCAGCGUCCGCCCCGGGGAGCACCGGGUGUAUCUCCAUCUCGGCGUGCAGGAGUUGAACGAGAGCGAGCGAACUCGCGAGCCUGCCAUCAGAAAUCAGAUGCUCAGACGCGCGGAAAUGUACCUAACUCAAGCUUUGGAGAUGCAGCCUGCCGAUCCCUUCGUCCACAAUGAACUCGCGAGACUUUACGCGGCGCGCCACCAGAUCGACUGCAGCGUUGCGUACCUGGAGCGCGCGGUGCUGUGCAGUUUACGUACAGCGGCGUCGCCGGCGCCGUUCCUGGCGAAUCUGGGUCUCACGUAUCUUCGCACGCAGGCGUUCAAGAAGGCGGAGAAGACCUUCGAGGCUGCGUUGCGGGCGCACUUUCGGGCGUCCUCCGCCUCCUCUCCCGCGGCCUUCUCCUUCUUCCAAUCGCCUCAUGCGCCGCCGGCUUUCCGCGGCGGCGCAGAGCCGCUCCGCCAGAUGGGCUGCGACGCGCAGGACGGGCGCCCUCCACUCUGCGAGGAGGCGCCGGCCUGCGCGAGGGAGCGGUCCAAGGAGGACGCGCCGCGGCUGCCGUGGCUGCCGCCGCACCUUUUCCAGCGAGAGCGAAGCGCGGAGAGCGAGGGAGAGGACGAGGACGACGCGGCAGACGAGCGGGAGGGAAGGGACUUCGUUGUCGGCGCGAGGCUCGCGCUGCGUUGGGGCGGCGAGCCCUCUCGAGGCGCUGCUGGGGAGAUCAAGACGGAGGGAGGGGGGCAGGCGAAGGAGCGGCUUGCAUGCGCGGCGGACUUUCGCCGCGCCGGCGCAGGAGAGGCCGAGGGGGGGGGAGGCAGCGACGCUCUGCUGAGAGCGCAGCUCAGUGGCGUGGAGAGCGAGGACGAAGAGGCGGACGGCGAAGAAACGGAGCGCGACAGAAAGGAGCGAACCUUCGUCUACAACCUCUGGCUCGGCCUGGGCAUCGCGCGCUACGUGCAGGGCGACCCGAAAUGCGUGGGGCCCCUCGAGACAGCUCUCCGCUUGGCUGGCGGGUGCAGCGGGAAGUCUCUUCGGCACGGCCCUACCGCGAGCGCGGCCUCUCUGACGUUCCUCUUGUAUAGCGCCUCCAUCCGGGAGGCGCCCGUCUCCUUUCCGCCGUCUGUGCUGCCUUGGUUUCCCCCUGCGUUCUCUUCUUUUUCGCCUCCUCUGCGCCUCGCGCAGACCAGCCAAGGGCGCGCGAGUGGCGAGAAUAACGGUGAAGAGGAAACGGAGGAAGCGGCCGCAAACGAGCGCCCUCCUCGAGCCGCGAGAGAGCGCGACGAAGAGAGACGCACGCGGAGACCGCGCCGCACCGCCAGCGGGGGAGACGCUCUGUCUCCGCUGAGCCUGCGAGAGCUCCAUGCAAAAGGAACUGCGGCGCAGCAGAGAGAAGAGGUUGAGGACUUGCUCGCGGACGUCUGGCGCGUCUUCGAGCGUCAAGAGAAGGCGAGAGAAGAGAGAAGAAACGUCUCAGACGGAAGAUAA